CUGACAGGGACAUAUUGGCACAUAUAUUCAGCCUCUCUUUGCUUAGGUCUUGCCAUUUUGUAAUACUGUAUGAACUGAUUUCCCCAGCCCCCACAGCUUACCACUUCCUUGCAACGUCGAAAAAGCAACGCAUUUCACCUGCUGCUGGAGGUGAAGUCAAAGAAAGAGCCAUGGAAAUGAAUGCCACCUCCAGAGGUGCUGAGGACUACCAUGGGAACUAUAAGCUAAGGCUGGAAAAUAGUGAUGAGGAAGAAGACGACAAAAGGAAGCCACCACGGAUGGCCAAGAAAACAUGGGGUGACAUGAUCAAAGAGCUGAAAAUCUUCCUGUGGAAUCCAGAGACAAGGGAAUGUAUGGGCAGGACAGCUCAUAGCUGGGGCCUAAUACUUCUCUUUUAUCUAGUUUUUUACCUUUUCUUGGCUGGAAUGUUUGCAUUUUGUAUGUAUGUAAUGCUGCUUACUCUGAGCCCAUACACACCUACGCACAGGGACAGAGUUUCUCCACCAGGAGUUAUGAUUAGACCAUACAUCAAUCAUGGAUUUGUCAUUUCUUUCAAGAUGUCAGAUCCCCAAACGUGGCAACCUUAUGUGAAAAACUUAGAGCAGUUUUUAGGAGCUUAUAAUGACACUGUUCAGGAAAGCAGAAAUGCUGUGUGCACACCUGGUGAUUAUUUCAUUCAAGACACUGGAGAAAGCACCAUGAAACGUGCUUGCCAAUUCAAGCGAUCCAUGUUAAAGAAUUGCUCGGGGCUGGAAGAUAAAACUUUUGGCUACUCCAAGGGACAGCCGUGCAUCUUGCUAAAGAUGAACCGAAUUAUUGGCUACCGGCCUGGUUAUGGGACUCCAGUGACAGUGGAGUGCAAAGUGCUGAAAGGUAAUGAAAGUGAUAUCCACGCAACGGACUUCUAUCCAGGCACCACAUUUGAUCCCAUGUACUUUCCUUACUAUGGCAAACUAACACACGAGAACUACACAUCCCCGCUGGUGGCCGUGCAGUUUACUCUUAGAAAGAACCACUCCAUCCCCAUAGAAUGUCGCCUGAAUGGAGUAGGCAUCAUCAAUAAUGUGCACAAUGACCGGUUUUUGGGGAGAAUUAAUUUCGUCGCGACUGUCGAUUACUAGACCAGAGAAGCACCUGCUAGUGGGCAUUUAUUUCCCUUCUUUUUAUGGCAAUCAGAUCCUCUCUCUUAAUGGAAAAUGACCAUAAACAAAUGACUGGAAAGUUCAGGCUUUGUUUUAGGGUACUAUUUACAUUUUCUUUUAAAAAGGAAAGCCCCAAAAUAAUAUUUCAUAAAUUAUUUACUGUAGUACUAAACAAAUCAUUCAUCCUGCAAACAGGCACACAAGUCAGGAGAGAGCGUUAUUCUUUGUUUUUAAAAACACACAAGGUAGUUCAAGUAGGUUUCCAUGGCUGCAUAAAAAUGGCAUUCAAUAUCAAAGUGUCAUUUUUUAGACCACUACAUCAAAGUUCUAUGGAGCCAUAUGUAUUCAUUCACCUUUUUUUUUUUUAACUUUACAGUCCUGAAUUUGUUUCCCUAACACAAGUGAACCAGCUGAUCACCCAUUCUCCACCCAACAUAGUGUGCUGUUGUAGGCACUCCUUUAGACUUGCACAUGGGAGACUGGGGUUUAAAAACCUUCCCUUUGGAUUUUUAAAAAAUAAAAUUAGUA